CUCUCUUUUGUUUCUUCAUUACUACGUAUUAUAUUCUUUCCUUUUCUUGUUUUUCUUUUUCUGGGAGUGAAAAAUAGAUUGUGAGGGGAAAAGAGAAAAGAAAUUUCUUUGAAAUCUCUUCUUUUCCUUAUUCCCUCCAAUUCUAUAACAUAUUCCCAUAUCUUCUAUCAAUAUUUAAAUCAUAUCUUUUUGUUGGAAAUCUGAUUUGGGGCUUCCUUCAUCGAUUCACCUGCUUCUCUCCCAGGAAAAUAAAAUAAAAAAUAAAAGAAUACAACGACUAAUGACAUCUCGAACAAUGAGGAGAAGACUCCAUCAUGGGGAUGUCGAUGGUAAAAAGCGCGAGCAUUUAGUAGCUGCAGAUUUGGAUGACCUAAAUGAACCUUUACUUGGUAAUAAUGAUGAGUACAGGGCUAAACAGUUAGAGGUACAAAGGCUUGAAGAUAUUCUGUACGAUGAAAAAAGAAAAGAAAGCCUCCACUGGACAUUUCUAUUCUCUCACAUAAUUUCGGAAUGGGCACAAUGGUUAGCAAAACUUAUACUUGGAUCUGGAUCAUUUAUUGCACGGAUUUUGAUGUCGCCUUCAACACCCGGAAAUUUUCUUCCGCCCCCACUUACUCCAUUACAGGAGGCAAGGCUUGGAACUCUGCAGAAAAGAUUGGAGGUCCCUUUUGAUGGUUCAUGUUUGGAGCAUCAAGAUGCACUUAGGGAAUUAUGGAGGUCAGCUUAUCCAAAUAGGGAACUUCCGGGGCUUAAAUCAGAACUUUGGAAGGAGAUGGGCUGGCAAGGAAAUGAUCCUUCUACAGAUUUCAGGGGUGGAGGAUUCAUAUCUCUUCAAAAUCUUAUCUUCUUUGCGCAUACAUAUCCGGAAGCUUUUCAAAACCUUCUAAACAAAAAAGAUGGAAGUAGAGCAGAAUGGGAGUAUCCUUUUGCUGUAGCUGGUAUCAAUAUUUCUUUCAUGUUGGUGCAAAUGUUGGAUAUUCAGUCAGGGUUGCCAACAUCUUUAUCAGGGAUGCGCUUUCUACAGUUUCUGAGUAAUGAUGAAUCGGCUUUUGAUGAGCUCUUCUGUGUUGCCUUUAAACUCCUGGAUGUUCAUUGGCUUGCAAGGCGUGCUUCAUAUAUGGAAUUCAAUGAGGUUAUGAAGUCCACAAGAGUGCAACUAGAGCGGGAACUUGCAAUUGAAGAUGUCACAUGUGUGAAAGAUUUACCAGCAUACAAUCUUUUGAGAUGAUGAAACAACAGAGCUAAGAUUUCCUUAAAAGGUUAGGCUGUUGUAAAUUGUUUUACACAUGAUAUCAUGUAAGAGGCAUCCUAUGAUGAUGCCAAAGUUCAUAUUGAAAGAGAGAAAAACAAGUGAAGGUUAGUCUUCUAAAUCUUGUACAAACAUAAAUGUGAUUGAAUUGAAUGUGUGACUUCAUAUACGCGUAUUGUAGUGAGGUUGAUAGGGGUGGCAAUUCUAGCUGAAAUUUUAACAUUUGUUACGAAACCCAAAUUGGUCCACGGAAGGCGUUUAUGCUACCAAACUAUGUUGCUAAGAGUGGUGGUAUUUUUGUUUAUUUAGUCACUUUUCUGCUUGAA